AUGGAGUUGAUAGAGCCUAGAGGAUGGACACUCAAUUUGAACCAUUUCAUAUUAAAUAAUGACAAAGAUCCCGUAUUCAUUCACUACGUAAAGCUUCUUCUUGAAGUGGAAUAUACAGAUGGAUCAUAUUAUACAUAUUAUGGUGACAUAAAAAAAAUUGUCAAUAUUUUUCUUAUUCACUGGAGUGAUAUUAUGAACCAAGCUAUCAUAGAAGCAGAUCGGCUAAGUCAUAAUGCUACUAAACAUGAACUUCUCGAAAUUAUAGAAAGAACUAUUAAAUUUCACCAAGCUCAACAAGUAGACUUCGGUAAACAUUUUCUCCCUAUCGAAACACCUACAGAAAAAAAUAUAUAUGAAGAAAUAGAAAAAAUAUAUCACCGUUUCAUGGGAGAGUUAUACAUUACACGGGAGAUCAUAAAAAAAUUAGACACUCCCGAAAAAGUAGAUAAUUUUGCAAAAGAGCACUUUCCUAUAUCCCUCAAACAUAAAAAUAGUCUCUUUGCUUUUACGUAUGAAUAUAUUACGUUAUUGUUAGCUAUGAAUAUCAACAAGAUACGCGUAAGUUUGGAAGAAAUUCACAAACGGAUGCAAUCCAACCUAUUUAGCAUCCAAGAAGAAUGCAACGCAAGUCUGAGCAGUCUGCUUCAUCAGCUCUAUGACAAAAAUAAAGAGCAUUUGACGAUAUUUAGACAAGACAUUCGUUCUUCAUUCGAUAUUGCUGAAGUGAUUAUUUUGAUUUCUUCUUUUAUAUCGAUCAUAAAAGAUAAAAUUGAGGACUCAAAACACGUGCCCACGGAACGUUUAAAAGAAGAAGUCAACUAUUGGCGGGAAAGAGUUCACGAGUUUAACAUUAUCUACAAAACCAUGAUGAAAUUGAAAGAAGAGAAAGACGUAUUGACGGUAGAUGAGAAAAUGUUUCUAGAAGUUCUAGAGAAUCCGGAGAAGGAAUAUGAAUCGACACUUGUUCUUGAUGAUAGCGCCAAACAGAAAGUGGAACGCUUACAUAUAUUAAAAUUGAAUGCUGCGAAAGCGCUUUUUACAUUCUUUACGUUAAAAGGACCAGACAGGAAGUUUUACAAAGAUAGAAUUGGUACGUACUACAUAGAUGAAUAUGGGCACCAAGUUUACAUGUACAACUUUGGGCUUAACAUAUACCACGUCGAUUGCAAAGGAGAGUUUUUUCAGAAGCACGAAAAUGAUCUAUACUUCUAUGACACAUUUGGGCGCUAUGUAAUCAAAGAUGGCGAGCAAUUGUAUCAAAUCGCUCCGUGUAGUAGUCUUUAUAAACUUGACAGUGACGUUAGAGUCAAAGUGACGCAGGACUGCGGUCACUCUGAACGAGUAAACAAGGAUUGUAAGAUGCAAAUAAAAGAUCCGUUUGAUGUCGAGAUGUUGCCUCCAUGUAAACCUGUCGAUACAAAAAGUAAAAAUACUUCACGCUCUUGUAACUGGAAACACACUCUCCUUUUAGGAAAGUUAGACACAGAAACUGUAAAUUAUCUGUGGGAGAAUUUCGGGCAUAUUCUUCCAGAUGCUCUGCUGGAUGUAGCUAAGGCACAACCGAAGAAGCCGAUUCAUUAUCUUGCGCAUAAAAUAUUGUACCAUAAAUAUAGAAGAACACCAGCUGACAUACAAAAGGAAAAACAAAGCGCCUACGAGUACAGAGAAGCGAUUUAUAGAAAACGAAAAGAAGAAGCUGUUAAAUUGAGCAAGAAAUGGAAGGAGCAGCAAGUGAAACAUAGGAAACCGGAAGAAUCCGACGACGCUGGCCAAUGGUUCCACUACAACUCAUAUGUCGCCAAACAAGAGUUUAUUAGAUAUUUAGAAAAUUAUAAUGUUUAGAGUGAAUAUUCUUUAUUUUGUUUGUGAAAUAAAUUA